GAGCGGGCCGGGGCCAUGAGUGCCGCCCGGCCCCAGUUCAGCAUCGAUGACGCCUUCGAGCUGUCCCUGGAGGACGCGGGCCCUGGGCCCGAGUCCAGCGGGGUCGCCCGCUUCGGGCCGCUGCACUUCGAGCGCCGGGCCCGGUUCGAGGUGGCCGACGAGGACAAGCAGUCCCGGCUGCGCUACCAGAACCUGGAGAAUGAUGAGGAUGGAGCCCAGACCUCUCCGGAGCCGGAUGGGGGAGCCAGCACCAGGGAUUCUGGCCGAACAUCCAUCCGCAGCUCCCAGUGGUCCUUUAGCACCAUCAGCAGCAGCACUCAGCGCUCCUACAAUGCCUGCUGCAGCUGGACUCAACACCCUUUGAUCCAGAAGAACCACAGGGUAGUGCUGGCCUCCUUCCUGCUCCUCCUGCUGGGGCUGGGGCCUACAGAUCCUGCCAAACUCCUCAAGCCUGGGCUCUUGCCUCUCCUGUCUCGCCAAAAACUUGCUGAUCCUGACCGGCGUGGGACUGGAGGUGGCCCCCUCGCCAGGUGUCUCCAGCGCCAUCUUCUUCGUGCCCGGCUUCCUGUUGCUGGUCCCGGGAGUCUACCACGUGACCUUCAUCUACUGCGCGGUCAAGGGCCACCGGGGCUUCCAGUUCUUCUACUUGCCUUACUUCGAGAAGUGAGCAGGCGGCGGCGGACGGCGGGAUCCAUCGUCGGCACCGAGAGGCCCCGCGCGGCCUCCUCGCGUCCCUAGGGGGCGCCCCUGGGGCCCGCGCCCCGCUUCGGUACCCUCAUCUCAAGGGAAAAAACCCUGCGGGACCCUCGAGGCCCCAGUCCCCUCAGGAGUUUGCUCCGGAAGUUUGGGGCAGUGGGCCUCGGGCCACCACCUGGGCCUGGGAAAGUCGCCCCUUCCGUGCUCCGUGCCUUAACUUAUUCUUGGGGGGCUGCUGGGUUGGUGGUGUUUUGUGCUAAUAAAAGGGGUGCUUAAUUCCAGCCCACAAUUGCUUUUUACUUCC